AUGCGCUCCUCCUCCCGACAGGCUCUGAAACCCCCUAGUGGAGGCGGCGGCCGCUUUUCAGUACGCGCCUCCCCGUCCUCGCCAGAGGUCGUGGCGACGCUGGAGGUGGAGGACGGCGCCGUGCUGGAGCUGGUGGUGAAGCUGCCCGCCUGCAUGCCGCUUCGUGCUCCGGAAGUCGAGUGCCGCAGAAAGGUCGGCCUGAAUGAGGCGCGUCUACGCAAGUGGCUGCUGUCCAUCGCAAGCUUUCUGCGCUACCAAAAUGGCUCCGUAGCGGACGCCAUCGCGCUCUGGAAACGCAACAUCGACAGCGAGUUCGAGGGCGUGGAGGCGUGCCUGAUCUGCUACUCGGUGUUCUCCUCCGUCGGCGGCCAGCUGCCGCGCCUGGUGUGCCGUACGUGCAAUGUGCGCUUCCACCCUGCAUGUCUGUACAAGUGGUUCAAGAGCGCCGGGAAGAGUCAGUGCCCGCACUGCCAAGCGCUGUGGUAG